CUCCAAACAACUACUCAAGACUAGAGAUGUGAAUGGGGACUUCACAUCAUAUGAGAAGACACGCCCCCCUUCAAACCUGUCGCUGCUUUGUCGCUGCCUUCAGGGACUGGCGGAUAUUUUGAAAUUUAAACUUGAACAACCCACAAAAUGGAAGGAAAAUAUCCCAGGGUGAAUUCAGGUUUGAGGAGAUGUCGUCCGUGUGGCAGCAGGAGCCAUCAGGUUAUUCCCCCUGCAUAGAGAUUGACUCCAGCUCCGUGAGGACCAAGGACAGGUUCGGCUCCCCGGCCAGGCUGAAGCAGGAGCAGGACGACCUCCACAUCAUUAAGUGGGAGAAUUUUCAAACAGGAGCCUCGGCAGAUGCUGUUCAGGACAACACACCCAGCAGUGCCAUGUCAGCGGCCUCACAUGUAGAGAGCCUGCCCCCAAGAGUCCUGCUGACCAUCACCAAGCUGCAGUGUAUGCUGGAGAACAAACAGGAGCGCAUCGCUGCACUGGAGAGACAGGUGGAGGAUCUAAUGCAGGACCGCAAGUUCCUACGGAGCCAGAUUGAGAACCUCACAAGUAAUCGCUCCAUGCAUACCUUUGCAUCACCCAGUCCAGUGAGUGAAGCUCCUAAACCCAGCAAAGUGCAGCACUCAGAAAACAAAUCUCGGAAGAGAGAAAGAGCUUCUUCCAGUUCCUCGGCCAGCAGCGACAGUGGCUCCGAAGCGUCUGACUCAUCUGAAGUGUCAGCGGCCUCAAGUGAACACAGAAGGAAGAAACACCACAAAGACAAGAAAAGAUCAAAGAAAGGGAAAGACUACAGUAGAAAGAGAGCCACCGGUGUCCAGUACGUCAUCCACCGCUACAAACAAGUCCUGUCAGCCUUCAUCAAGAAGAAAAGCAUGAGUGAAGCCUUCCGCCAUCUCGGUAUCGACCGGAACACCAUCGCCAACACAGCUUCGAUCGCCGAGCUCCACCUGGCCGGCAAAGACAUGGUCCCCUUAGUGGGCAUGUUCCGUCAAGGAGAAGAGACUCUGGUCAGCUACGCCCAAAGGUGCACCUUGGUCAUUGACAGCGAUGCUGAACUGUCCAGGAGAAUAGACCACAUGAAAGCUAACGGCGAGCUGCUGCCCAUCUCAGGGAAAAGGCCGAGGGUGUUGCAUUCUCACAUCCCGCAGCUGGGGGGACCUGCAGAGAGCAUUUUAAUAGGUUGAUGAUAAUUUUAUUGCAUUGAGGAGAGGUGACAUACAACAUAAUUGCAUCACAAAAUUAUGUUCUUUUGUUUUCCUCCAACCUGAACUGCUGGAUUUAAGUAUUUUUAUGUAGCAUUUUUGCAUAUCUUUUAGUUUUGCUUUAUGUCUCAAGGGGAACAGGGCAGCGGCAUCAUUAGGGCCAAUCAUUCAGGACUUCAGCCCCAAAUAUUUUGAGCCUUGAUCCAAAUAUUUUUGGUCUUGGUCUUUUUUUUUUUUCAAGGUGGAUCUCCACUUCAGAGGGAUGUGGAGUAAUACAGCGCUGCACAUGACAAGAUGCAUAAUAAUUAAUAAUGAUUUCCCGACAGCACAAAAGCCACAAUUUGCAUUUUUAGGAGUGUGCACACAUAGUCCUCUCCAAAACUCCAUGUAUGCUGAGUUAUUCAGACCAGCUUUUACUCAGAUUCAGGCAGGUCUGUAACAUGUUAGAUCAAUCUCUGAAUAUGAACAGUGAUGUCGGUCAUGUGUCACUGAAUGAAAUCAGCAGAGAUGAUAAUGUUCUGUGCUCUUCUACACAUCUGACAGGUCAGUUUUUACACACAUUCCAAGUUUAUAGAGUGAAUUGUUUGUAAUAAAGCUGCCCG